UUUCCAUUUUCUCCCCUGGAGGUUCUUUUGUAAACCUCCCCCCCCUUUAUGUUCGCCCAGCCCUCCACCCGCUUCUGAGUAGUGGGGGAGGGUUUAGGCCUCCAGGUUCCCGCCCCACCGGGGCCCGGGCGAACAUGGGGGGCAAGCAGAGCACGGCGGCCCGCUCUCGGGGCCCCUUCCCGGGGGUCUCUACUGAUGACAGCGCCGUGCCCCCGCCGGGAGGAGCGCCCCAUUUUGGGCACUACCGGACGGGCGGCGGGGCUAUGGGGCUGCGCAGCCGCUCGGUCAGCUCGGUGGCGGGCAUGGGCAUGGACCCCAGCACGGCCGGAGGGGUGCCCUUUGGCCUCUACACCCCCGCCUCCCGCGGGACCGGCGACUCGGAGAGGGCGCCGGGCGGCGGAGGGUCCACGUCGGACUCCACCUAUGCUCACGGCAAUGGUUACCAGGAGACAGGCGGCGGUCACCAUAGAGACGGGAUGCUGUACCUGGGCUCCCGAGCCUCGCUGGCGGAUGCUCUACCUCUGCACAUCGCACCCAGGUGGUUCAGCUCGCACAGUGGUUUCAAGUGCCCCAUUUGCUCCAAGUCUGUGGCUUCCGAUGAGAUGGAAAUGCACUUUAUAAUGUGUCUGAGCAAACCUCGCCUCUCCUACAAUGAUGACGUGCUGACUAAAGAUGCAGGCGAGUGUGUGAUCUGCCUGGAAGAACUGCUGCAGGGCGACACGAUAGCCAGGCUGCCUUGCCUGUGCAUCUAUCACAAAAGCUGCAUAGACUCCUGGUUUGAAGUGAACAGAUCUUGUCCAGAGCACCCUGCUGACUGACCCUGCUGGGCUGGCUUGCUGACUCCUCUCAAAGGUUUAUUUUAUUUAUUCCAAGUAAAUGCCCAGACCAGCUGACGGUGUCAGGCAAACCAGGGACAUUUGCUCUUUUUACCUUCACCUCAAAUCUGAUGACAAGGGGAGAAGACAAAGCAAGGGUGAGAGUGAGGCAGGGGAUUGGACCCUGGCUUCCGGAUGCAGGUCCAAAUUGCCAGCAUGAGGGGCCUUCCUGGACUGAACCAGAUACCCCAGCCGACCAGCCUGCCCUCGGGGACACGCUGCGCUGCUGCUGCUGCCACCGUGAGAUGCAGCACCAGUUCCCGGAUGGACGGACGGACGGACGGAGCUCGACUGACUUCUUCUGACCCACACAGGGACAGACAGCCCUGGUCCUGGGAGGAGGCUCCUCGGACACUGGACAGAGCUGAGCUCGGGACACCAGAGGGAACAGGGCACCCCUUCUGCACUGACUUCCAGAAAUUGGUCCUCCUUCCUCCCUGAGGACACCUAACUGAUUGAGAGCGAGUCUGAGAGAAGAAUGAAUUGACCUCUAUCCUUCCCCUCACCUUCAACCCAGGAGGGAAAGGGCAUUUUCUUUUUCACCUUUGAAAGGCGUUGUGGGUCUGUCUUUAAAGUGUUUACAACAACAAAAAAAUUAUAUAAAAAAGUCUAGUGUCGA